UUUCCUGGAAGAACAUGAUCACAAAAACGCGGUUAUGGCCAAGUCUUGUUGAUUUAAGUGGGUGCUUAUGGAAGGAAAACCUGGGGUGAUAUCUUGUUGAAUCUAAACAGACAGCUAAGAGCUCUGCGAUGGGCAUCUCCUAUCAAAUGUUGGUGUAUUUGUUUUGGCUAAUAUUGGCAAUCCCAGCAACAGGCCAAGAUGAGUGCUCCGAGAGAAAGUGCGGCCGCCGUGGUCCGGCUGUCCGGUUUCCCUUCAAGAUCAAGGGGCGUCACCCAAAUCACUGUGGCUAUCCUGGAUUUGACAUAUCUUGCAAUGAAAAGCAGCAGCCUGUGCUGGAGCUGCCAGAUUCAGUGAAACUCCUAAUCAAGAAAAUAAAAUACAAGUCCCAGGUGAUUCAUGUGUACGACAGUUGCCUACCAAGGAGCAUUAGAUACCUAAACAUAUCAGCCUCCCCUUUUAAUUACUUUGAUUCAUAUCUAUCCAACUACACUUUUUUCAAGUGUUCUGAUAAUCCAAUGAGUUAUCGAAGGGUGAAUUGCCUUGAGAGCAGCCCAGUAGACCAGGUUUUUUCUGUUUCUUCGAAUGGCUAUAUCUAUGACUCUGCCGAUACCAUUUUGAAUUGCAGUAAAAUGUAUGACAUUUUAUCAGCUCCCUACGAUAUAGUUUAUGGCGGACCUGCUGUUCUUCAAUUGAAUUGGAUAAAACCAGACUGCUGGAAGUGUGAAAGUGUAGACAAGAGAUGUAGAUUAUUGAACACUACCAGUACGAAGGCUGAGAUUGAGUGUUAUGGAAGGUUAAGAGAAAAAACUGAUGUAGGGAAGAUAUUGUUAAUCACAGGUUCGGUCCUCGGUGCCAUCAUAGUUGUGCUUCUGCUCUUAGCAUUUUACCGUGUGCACAGAGCAAAAAGGAUACAGGAAGAGAAUCAGGCAAGGGUUGAACAGUUUUUGGAGGAUUACAAGGCUUUUAAGCCGGCAAGAUACACAUACAAUGACAUCAAGACGAUUACAGAUGACUUCAAGGAUAAAUUGGGUCAAGGAGGUUAUGGAACUGUGUACAAAGGAAAGCUUUCUAAUGAAGUUACAGUUGCUGUUAAGAUCCUUAUCAAUUCCAAAGGAGAUGGAGUAGAAUUUAUCAAUGAAGUGGCAACGAUGGGUCGAAUUCACCAUGUUAAUGUGGUUCGCUUGGUUGGCUAUUGUGCUGACGGGUACAGAAGAGCUCUAGUGUAUGAGUACUUGCCAAAUGAUUCACUAGAGAAGUUUAUAUUUUCUGAAAAUGGCAAAGAUCAAUCCCUCAGUUGGGAGAAGCUACAUAGUAUUGCUCUAGACAUAGGCAAAGGAAUUGAGUAUCUUCAUCAAGGCUGCGAACAGAGGAUCGUUCAUUUCGAUAUCAAGCCUCAUAAUAUACUGCUAGACCAAAAUUUCAAUCCAAAAAUCUGUGAUUUUGGUCUGGCAAAAUUGUGUUCCAAGGAUCAAAGUGCCGUUUCAAUGACUGCAGCAAGGGGCACCAUGGGCUACAUUGCACCAGAAGUAUUUUCAAGGAACUUUGGCAAUGCCUCACACAAGUCAGAUGUUUAUAGUUUCGGAAUGUUGCUGCUUGAAAUGGUUGGGGGAAGGAAAAAUGUUGAUGUCACAGCAGAUAAAACCAGUCAAGUAUUCUUUCCAGAAUGGGUGUAUAAUAAACUAAGUCAAGGAGAAGAGCCGGUGAUUCGGAUUGGUGAAGAUGUUGAUGCCCCUACUGCUAGGAAGUUGAUGAUCGUUGGGCUCUGGUGCAUUCAGUGGAAUCCAGUAGACCGCCCUUCGAUGAGAGUUGUGGUUCAAAUGUUGGAAGGGGAAGAUGACAAUUUAACCUUGCCUCCUAAUCCUUUUGCUGCUAACAAUGGAGCAAGAAUGAAUACAGGUAUGCCAGGAAUGCCAUUUCAUGAACAUCAUUUAACAGUUAUCUCAGAAGCAGAAGAAAGUAUAUAAUUUGAAGUAAUAUGUUAGAUACAUAGAAACUAAGUUGUUCAUAUUCAUCCAUGCAUGUAAAUGUGGUACCCGAUCACUUAUCAAUUCCCACCAAUAAUCCCAUCCUGCUAUCAUCUACAUUGGUUGUAAAAUCAUCAGUGGUAGCAUAGGCAAGGGAGGAAGUUUCCAAGGCAAUGCCAGAAAACUUUGGCUUUUCCUAUAUUUUACUUGUUUGGAAUUCAGUUGUAUGCAAUCUAUCCAUUCAGUUUCAUCGUUUAAAUGAAAUGUAUUGCUAAAUUGUCAGGUCAUCAAAUGCAA